AUGCCCAAGAUCAAGGUUAACUUGACUUGCCAGAUCGAGCUGCCAAUGCCCGAGAUCAACCAAAGACCGGCUUUGGCCCGAGCAGCAGUCCCCGGCAGAUGGAGCCAGCAGCGGAAGGCGCUCAAAGCACUCUCCAAUCUCCAUGGUAUCGACGCGAUUGCUGCGGACUUGUCGGGCGGCAGGAUCACCGUCACCGGCGUGGUCGACCCUGUCGAUGUUGUGGGCAAGCUGCGAAGGUUGUUUGGGAACGCAGAGAUCGUCUCGGUCGAUGUUGUCGGCAAGGAGGAGUCCGAGAGGAAAGGCAAGAAGGAGCCUCCUCCUCCUCCUCGUCCUCCUCCCAAAAUAGUGGAAUGUCCCUAUCCCUAUCCCUUCCCCUAUCCUCCUCCUCCUCCUCCUCCUCCUCCUCCUCCUCGGUACGAGUUUACAGUCGGGUUCUUGCACAGCAUCACAGACAAUUUCUCCGAGGAGCGCAUCAUUGGCCGUGGUCGGCAUGGACUAGUCUACAAGGGAGUGCAGGACAAUGGGGUAUGCAUUGCUGUGAAGAAGCUUCACCUCAUGUCGGGGCUUGACGAUGAGGAAUUCAAAAAUGAGUUUAAUAAUCUUAUGAGGGUCGGACAUCAAAAUACCAUACCGUUGGUUGGUUACUGCCAUCAUAUAGCACAGGUGCUUGUUGAGCACAAUGGAAAGCAUGUUUCUGCUCGAGUAGAAGAAAGAUAUUUAUGCUCCGAAUACAUGGAGGGAGGAAACCUUGACAAGCAUCUUUCUAAUGAACCAUGUGCACUUGCUUGGCACACAUGUUACAAAAUAAUUACAGGGGUAUGUGAGGGUUUACAUUACCUUCAAAAAGGAGUUGAGUAUCCUAUUUACCAUCUGGAAUUAAAACCUAACAAGAUUUUGCUGGAUAACGACAUGAUACCCAAAAUUGGAGGUUUUGGCUUCUCUAGACUCUUUGAUACAACAGAAACCUUCAAUACAUCAGAAGUUGCGCAAACAAGGUACUACAUGCCACCAGAAUACAUCAGCAAACGGCAAAUCACACCAAAAUUUGAUGUAUUCAGUAUGGGCAUUAUAAUCUUGCAAAUAAUGGCAGGAAAGGAGAGCUACACCAAAUAUGCAGAUAUUCCACCCAAAGAAUUUAUUGAACAUGUAUAUGGAUUCUGGGUAAAUAAGAUGCAGGGCACAAUAUCGAAGCAUACUUCACGUGAAGUUAGAACAUGCGUCGAAAUAGCUCUAAAAUGCGUGGAGUCCAGUCAAGUGAAGAGGACUACUAUAAAUCAGAUCAUACAAAGACUGAAAAAGAUUGAUAUUGUUGAGUGCUCAUCUAUAGAUGAGCUAUAUAGCACAAGGGAGUUUGCAUUUGAGUUCUUAGAAUGUAUUACAAAUGACUUUUCUGACCAGAACAAAGUUGGCAGUGGUGGAUAUGGAGAUGUUUACAAGGGAGUGUUGGACAAUGGAGAAGAGAUUGCUGUUAAGAAACUGCAUCAACUGGGCAUUGAUGAUGAGCAAUUUAAGAAUGAGGUUAAUAAUCUAAUGAGGGUCCAACACGAAAAUAUUGUACGUUUAGUUGGCUACUGCUACCAUACAUCACAAAUAUUUGUUGAGUACAAAGGAAAACAUGUAUCUGCUAGUGUGGUAGAAAGAGCGAUUUGUUUCAAAUACAUGCAGGGUGGAAGCCUUAACGAUCAACCUUUUCUCCUCCUGGAUAUCCGAACGCUUGACGUAUGCUUCCUCCUUCUUCGUCAACAUGUCCUCGAACUUCUCCUCAACUUGGCAGCCGCACCAUCUCGCUUCGUCCUCUCCUCCUCCCACUAA